AUGCAGACUUUAUCGAUAGCAUUCUGUAACUGUGCCCUAGUGGUUAGAAGAAACUCUAUCAAAAACAGAAACAGUGUCAAUUUGAGUUUAAUCUCUUCUUCUUCCUCGUCUUCAUCUUCUCCGGCACUUAUUUGCCGAUCAAAGUCCAAAACCCAAACCGAUAGCUUGAGAGUGUUGGAAUGGGACAAGCUCUGCGACGUUGUGGCUUCUUUUGCUCGUACUUCUCUAGGCCACGAAGCUACAAAGAAAAAGCUUUGGUCUCUUGACCAGAAUUUCGAUGAAAGUUUGAAGCUUUUGGAUGAAACAGAAGCCGCCAUUAAAAUGCUUCAACAUGGCUCCUUCUGUCUUGACCUCUCCAGCAUUCAUAUCUCACUGGUUGAAUCGGGCAUUCGUCAUGCUCAGAGGAGGAUAUCUUUGAGAGCAGACCAAGCACUUGAGGUGGCUUCUCUUCUCCGAUUCUUCGAGAAUUUGCAGAUUGAUCUUAAAGCUGCCAUUAAGCAAGAUGGAGAUUGGUAUAAACGGUUCAUGCCAAUAUCUGAAAUGAUAAUGCAACCUGUGAUAAAUAGACCAUUUGUUAAGUUGGUUGAACAAGUUAUAGAUCCUGAUGGAAAAAUCAAAGAUUCCGCGAGUAGUGCCCUGAGACUAUCACGUGAACGAGUACGAAUGCUUGAAAGAAAGCUGCAUCAAUUGUUGGAGGCUGUUAUAAGGAGCCAAAAGGAUGAAGAAUCUGUCAUGGAAGUGGCUGAAAUUGAUGGAAGAUGGUGCAUACAAAUGAGCUCGAAUCAGCUAACUUCUGUUAACGGUCUUCUGCUUUCCAGUGGAUCAGGUGGAAGGACUGCUGCGGAGCCAAUAGCUGCGGUCUCUAUGAACGACGAACUCCAAAGCGCGAGAGCAUCAGUUGCAAAGGCUGAGGCAGAUAUUCUUGAAAUGCUAACUGAAAAGAUGCAAAUGGAUCUUUAUCAAAUCGAGGAUGUGAUGAAGUACUCAAUUCAGCUGGAUGUGAUAAACGCUCGAGCAACUUACAGUCGUGCAUAUGGUGGCUCACAUCCUGAUAUAUACUUACCACCUGAAGACGGAGUUGGUUCUUUGUCUGCUGAAGACGAAUCCCUUGCUAAAAAAGAAUGGUUGUUGUAUCUACCUAGAUGUUAUCAUCCUCUGUUGCUUCACCAACACAAGAAAAGAAUAAGAAAGACGCGGGAGGCUGUAAAAUAUCAUAAAACAGCAGACACAGUAUCCGGAACUCUGCCAGUUCCAGCUGAUUUCCAGAUCUCUAAGGGCACUAGAGUUUUGGUUAUAACCGGUCCAAACACAGGAGGUAAAACUAUUUGCUUGAAAUCAGUUGGACUCGCUGCUAUGAUGGCAAAAUCAGGUCUUUAUGUUCUAUCAUCUGAAUCUGCACGCUUACCUUGGUUUGACAACAUUUAUGCUGAUAUUGGAGAUGAACAAUCUUUGCUGCAGAUGAACAAUCUUUGCUGCAGUCACUUUCUACCUUUUCGGGUUGGAGCAGGAACGAAUCCGCUUGAAGGAGCUGCGUUAGGGAUGUCAAUACUUGAAUCUUUUGCAGAAAGCGGUUCUCUACUCACCAUGGCAACUACACAUCACGGAGAGCUUAAGAUGCUUAAAUACAGCAAUUCUGCCUUUGAGAAUGCUUGCAUGGAGUUUGAUGACCUCAACUUAAAACCCACUUUCAAAAUCUUGUGGGGAGUACCAGGUCGUUCGAAUGCUAUAAACAUAGCUGAAAGAUUGGGGCUUCCAUGUGAUAUCAUCGAGAGUGCUCGUGAACUCUACGGCUCUGCAAGUGCUGAGAUCAAUGAGGUCAUUCUUGACAUGGAACGGUACAAGCAAGAGUAUCAGAGGCUUUUAAACGAGUCACGUCGUUAUAUAAGGAUCUCAAGAGAGCUUCAUGAGAAUCUACUUACAGCAGAAAGGAACAUCAAAGAACAUGCCACUAGAGAAAGACUAAAGACGAGGCAAGAACUAAGUCAGGCUGGCUCGAUGGCUCGUUCCACACUCCGCAGAACGUUGCAACAGUUUCGCGCAUCUGCUGCUCAAACUUCUCGUUCAAAGGUAGCUACACAACUCCAAACAAAAGUCGAAACGACCAAGGAUGGAGAUAAUGGAACUCAUUCAUCAUCUGUGCUAGUCAGACGACCAAUUUCUGAAAAGGGAAACAAGAAGCUACCUGUAGUUGGUGACUCGGUGUUUGUUUCUUCUCUUGGCAAAAAGGCGACUGUUUUGAAAGUAGAACAGUCGAAGAAAGAGAUCUUAGUUCAAGUAGGCAUCAUGAAGAUGAAAGUGAAACUGACUGAUGUUGUGGCCUGA